UCACGUUCAUUCACUCCAUCAGUCAGUCAUACUAACAAACCAACCAAUCAAACAAACAAACUCCAACUAUGGGUUCAGAAGAAUCAAGUGAACACAACCAGCUUCACUUUCUUGUUGUACCCAUUGGGUCUCCAGGCCACUACAUCCCCAUCAUUGACAUAGCCAAGUUACUAGCACAACAUGGUGUUAGAGUCACCAUCAUUAGCACCCCGGUCAACACCCGAAGAUAUGGUUCAGUUCUUGAUCAAGCAAUCCAAUCAGGUCUGCCCAUCCGUUUUAUCGAAUUCCCAUUUCCGUAUGCGGAGUUUGGCUUACCAGAAGGCUGUGAAAGUGUUGAUGAUCUUCCUAAUUACGCAUUGAUCCCCGCGCUUACCAACGCCUAUAAUUCGUUGCAGCAAGAAGUCGAACACUAUAUCGAAAAGCUUGAUCGCAUGCCCGAUUGUAUAGUAGCUGACUCGUUUAUCCUAUGGCCAGGUGAUACAGCAAAAAAGUUUCAGAUUCCAAGGGUUAUAUUUGAUUCAAUGAACUGCUUCACACAGAUGUGUAACCAUGUUUUAUACCAAUCAAAGGUGUAUGAAAAUGCGGGCGAAGACUCCUUCGUUGUGCCCGGUUUGCCUGACCGGUUUGAACUAAAAAGAUCCCAACUUCCUUCCACAUUAAAUCCGAACCUUAAAUACACAAAUGAUUAUUACGAAAAGCUUCGGGUAUCUGAAUCCGAAGCAUAUGGAGUAGUUGUAAACAGUUUUGAGGAGUUGGAGCAAGCAUAUGUUGAUGAGUUUAAAAAAUUGAGAGGAGGUAAAGUUUGGUGCAUAGGGCCAUUAUCACUAUGCCAUAACGAUGAAUCCGAGAAGGUCCAGAGAGGUAACAAGUCGUCGAUAAGCAAACACGAAUGUCUGGAAUGGCUGGAUUCUCAAGAAACCGGGUCGGUGAUCUAUGUGUGUUUAGGAAGCAUAAGUAGGGUUGAGCCUGAACAGCUCAUAGAGCUGGCUUUAGGUCUAGAGUCAUCUAACAAACCCUUCAUUUGGGUGAUUAGAGCAGGUCCCAACACAAAAAAGGUAGAACAAUGGAUUGAUGAACAAGGGUAUGCUGAGAGAACCAAAGAUAGAGCUUUGUUGAUCCAUGGAUGGGCCCCACAACUGCUAGUUUUGUCACACCCUGCAAUUGGAGGGUUUUUGACACAUUCUGGUUGGAACUCAGCUUUUGAAGGGGUUGCUGUGGGUGUUCCAUUGAUCACAUUGCCUCUAUUUCAAGAGCAGUUUUACAAUGAGAAGCAAAUUGUGCAAGUGUUAAGGACUGGAGUAAGUGUUAGAGAUCAACACAAGUCUGGAAUGGCAAUAAAGAGUGAUGACGUUAAGAAAGUGAUAGAGAUGGUUAUUGAAGGAGGAGAAGAUAUAAGAAAGAGGGCUAAAGAACUCGGUAAGAUGGCGCGAAACGCAGUAGAAGAGGGAGGAUCGUCGUACCGGAAUAUGACUCGAUUGAUCGAAGAUAUCAAGAACUAUGCAAGAACUUGAUAGGAUGUUGGUCUAAUCUCAAAGAUUUUAGUGUGCUUGUUCUUUUUAUGAUUAUGUACUACUAUUUUCAAUAAAGCUGAACUUUUUUCGCGUUU